CGGCCGCCAUGUUGUUGUGGGGCUGAGGCGGCGCCGGCGGAGCCGAGCGGCCGUGACAGGCUGCGCAACAGGUUCGCGGGCGGCGGCCUGACGACCAACCGGGCGGCGGCCGAGCAGGGUCUCCCGGCGCCCGCCCGCACACGCGCCGGGAGUGCUAGGCGCGCGGGGUCGCGCCUGACGUGCAGACGCGGCGGGGACGCCAGAUGGAUAAGAGCUAGCAAGAAAAAUUCAGGACCAUGAUGGCWCAGUUUCCCACAGCUAUGAAUGGAGGACCGAACAUGUGGGCUAUUACCUCUGAAGAACGUACUAAGCAUGACAAACAGUUCGAUAACCUUAAGCCUUCAGGAGGUUACAUAACAGGUGAUCAAGCCCGCACUUUUUUCUUACAAUCAGGUCUGCCGGCUCCUAUUUUAGCUGAAAUAUGGGCCUUAUCAGACCUCAACAAGGAUGGGAAGAUGGACCAGCAAGAGUUCUCCAUAGCUAUGAAACUCAUCAAGCUAAAGCUUCAAGGCCAACAGUUGCCCAUGGUUCUCCCUCCCAUUAUGAAACAACCCCCUAUGUUCUCUCCAUUAAUUUCUGCUCGUUUUGGGAUGGGAAGCAUGCCCAAUUUGUCCAUUCCUCAGUCAUUGCCACCAGUUGCACCUAUAACAACACCCUUGUCUUCUGCAACUUCAGGGACCAGUCUUCCUCCCUUAAUGAUGCCUGCUCCCCUAGUGCCUUCUGUUAGUACAUCAUCAUUACCAAACGGAACCGCCAGUCUCAUUCAGCCUUUAUCCAUUCCUUAUUCUACUUCAACAUUGCCUCAUACAUCAUCUUACAGUCUGAUGAUGGGAGGAUUUGGUGGUGCUAGUAUACAGAAGGCCCAGUCUCUGAUUGAUUUAGGAUCCAGUAGCUCAACUUCCUCAACUGCUUCACUCUCAGGGAACUCGCCCAAGACUGGGACUUCAGAGUGGGCGGUUCCUCAGCCUUCAAGAUUAAAAUACCGGCAAAAAUUUAAUAGUCUUGAUAAAAGCAUGAGUGGAUAUCUCUCAGGUUUUCAAGCUAGAAAUGCYCUUCUUCAGUCAAAUCUUUCUCAAACUCAGCUAGCCACUAUUUGGUCUCUGGCUGACAUUGAUGGUGAUGGACAGCUAAAAGCUGAAGAGUUUAUCCUUGCUAUGCACCUCACUGACAUGGCCAAAGCUGGACAGCCUUUGCCACUGACUUUACCUCCUGAGCUGGUCCCUCCUUCUUUCAGAGGAGGAAAGCAAAUUGAUUCUAUUAAUGGAACUCUGCCUUCUUAUCAGAAAGUGCAGGAAGAGGAACCUCAGAAGAAAUUGCCAGUUACCUUUGAGGACAAGCGGAAAGCCAACUACGAGCGAGGGAACAUGGAACUGGAGAAGCGUCGCCAAGCCUUGAUGGAGCAGCAACAGAGGGAGGCAGAACGUAAAGCCCAGAAAGAAAAGGAGGAGUGGGAACGAAAGCAGAGAGAAUUACAAGAACAAGAAUGGAAGAAACAACUUGAAUUAGAAAAGCGCUUGGAGAAACAGAGGGAAUUGGAGAGACAACGAGAGGAAGAAAGGAGAAAAGAGAUAGAAAGAAGAGAGGCAGCAAAACAGGAACUUGAACGUCAACGUCGUUUAGAGUGGGAGAGAAUUCGUCGACAGGAGCUUCUCAAUCAAAAGAAUAGAGAACAGGAAGAAAUUGUCAGGUUAAACUCUAAAAAGAAGAGUCUUCAUCUUGAGUUGGAAGCACUGAAUGGCAAACAUCAGCAGAUUUCAGGCAGACUUCAAGAUGUCCGACUCAGGAAGCAAACACAAAAAACWGAGCUGGAAGUUCUAGAUAAGCAGUGUGACCUGGAAAUAAUGGAAAUCAAGCAGCUUCAACAGGAACUUCAGGAAUAUCAAAAUAAACUUAUCUAUCUGGUACCUGAGAAGCAAUUAUUAAAUGAAAGAAUUAAAAACAUGCAGCUCAAUAACACACCUGAUUCAGGGAUCAGUUUACUUCAUAAAAAAUCUUUAGAAAAGGAAGAAUUAUGCCAAAGACUUAAAGAACAAUUAGAUGCUCUUGAAAAAGAAACUGCAUCUAAACUUUCAGAAAUGGAUUCGUUUAAUAAUCAAUUGAAGUGUGGGAAUAUGGAUGACUCUGUUCUUCAGUGCCUUUUGUCUCUGCUAAGCUGUCUCAACAACCUCUUCCUCUUACUUAAGGAACUGAGAGAAAGCUACAAUACACAGCAGUUAGCCCUUGAACAACUUCAUAAGAUCAAACAUGACAAGUUGAAGGAAAUUGAAAGAAAAAGAUUAGAGCUAAUACAAAAAAAGAAACUAGAAGAUGAGGCUGCAAGGAAAGCAAAGCAAGGAAAAGAAAACUUAUGGAGGGAAAGUCUUAGAAAGGAGGAAGAAGAAAAACAAAAACGACUUCAGGAAGAAAAAACACAAGAAAAAAUUCAAGAAGACGAACGAAAAGCUAAGGAGAAACAAUGUGAGACAGCUAGUGCUUUGGUGAAUUAUAAAGCAUUAUACCCCUUUGAAGCAAGAAACCAUGAUGAGAUGAGUUUUAAUUCUGGGGAUAUAAUUCAGGUUGAUGAAAAAACUGUAGGAGAACCUGGUUGGCUUUAUGGUAGUUUUAAAGGAAAUUUUGGCUGGUUCCCCUGCAAUUAUGUAGAAAAAAUGCCAUCAAGUGAAAAAGCUGUAUCUCCUAAGAAGGCCUUACUUCCUCCUACAGUAUCUUUAUCUGCUACCUCAACUUCUUCUGAACCACUUUCUUCUCAACCGGCAUCAGUAGCUGAUUAUCAAAAUGUAUCUUUUUCAAACCUAACUGUUAAUUCAUCAUGGCAGAAAAAAUCAGCUUUUACUCGCACUGUGUCCCCUGGGUCCAUAUCACCUAUUCAUGGACAGGGACAGGUUGUAGAAAACCUAAAAGCACAGGCACUUUGUUCCUGGACUGCAAAGAAAGAUAAUCACUUGAAUUUCUCAAAACAUGAUGUUAUUACGGUCUUGGAACAGCAAGAAAACUGGUGGUUUGGGGAGGUGCAUGGAGGAAGAGGAUGGUUUCCAAAAUCUUAUGUCAAGAUCAUUCCUGGAAGUGAAAUAAAGCGAGAAGAGCCAGAAGCUUUAUAUGCAGCUGUAAAUAAGAAAGCUACCUCCACAGCCUAUCCAGUUGGAGAAGAAUAUAUUGCACUUUAUUCAUAUUCAAGUGUAGAACCAGGAGAUUUGACCUUCACUGAAGGUGAAGAAAUACUGGUGACCCAGAAAGAUGGAGAGUGGUGGACAGGAAGUAUUGGAGAUAGAACUGGAAUUUUUCCAUCAAACUAUGUCAAACCAAAAGAUCAAGAGAAUUUUGGGAGUGCUGGAAAAUCUGGAACAUCAAACAAAAAACCUGAGAUUGCUCAAGUAACUUCAGCUUAUGUUGCUUCUGGUGCUGAACAGCUUAGCCUUGCACCAGGGCAGUUAAUAUUAAUUUUGAAAAAAAACGCAAGUGGAUGGUGGCAAGGGGAGUUACAGGCCAGAGGAAAAAAGCGUCAGAAGGGAUGGUUUCCUGCCAGCCAUGUUAAACUUUUGGGUCCAAGCAGUGAAAGAACCACACCUGCCUUUCAUGCUGUAUGUCAGGUGAUUGCCAUGUAUGACUAUGUUGCAAAUAAUGAAGACGAGCUCAACUUCUCCAAGGGACAGCUUAUCAAUGUUAUGAACAAAGACGAUCCAGACUGGUGGCAAGGAGAAGCCAAUGGAGUAACUGGUCUCUUUCCUUCAAACUACGUUAAGAUGACGACAGACUCAGAUCCAAGUCAGCAGUGACCCAAUGUUGUCUUCCAGUUGUGAAAGCACCCCAGAGACCCACUAUCCAAGUUUGACUCUAGCGUGGAGUCAGGGCAGGCAGCCCUGAUCAAAUAUCUCCUACACAAUUCAUUUACUUCGUUCGAAUGUUAGAGCCACUUGUGAUUAUUUCUUUGUGUUUCUGAUUUACAGUUAAAAUUUAUUUGUAACAAGUUCAAGGAUAGUGGGUCUUUGUGUGGCUUUCCCUGCUGUUCACUCUGGCAUCCUUUAGCAUUUUUCUUCUUUUUUAAUUUGGCAAUUGUAGGUCAUUAGCAUGCAUAUUGAGUUUGCCCUUACAUGGUGGGAGUUCAAACACACAAAGACCCACUAUUUGCACAAACUAUUCUCUCUGGUUUGGAAUGGGCUGCCAUGCUUUUCUAGUAUUAUUGCAACAUGUAUGUUCAUUACAGAAUUGAGGUGAAGUUUUCUUAUGUUCCACUAUUAUGUUUGAUCUAAUCCUAAACACAAUGAGCCCUUAAUUGGCUCACUCGGUGAUCUGCCCUGAAAUAUGCACUGUAUAUUACUUUCUAAUAUGCCACUAUAUGAGUGUCAAUAUUCAGAUUGUUGAAAGGCCAAGAMCUGGAAAUAACAUUUUCUCUAUUUUUUUGUGUAAUUGGAGUGGGAGCAAUAACAUUUAGGUAGAGCUUUUCUUAUCUCACAGAAGAGGAAAGUGGCCUGCUCUGGUGGGUGUGUGCUUAGUGGGCUGUGUAUGUUUAGUCUGCUUCAACUGCCCAAGAAUAAGCACUGUACUUUGGUAGUUCCUAUAGGAUCUUUGUGUGCUCUGGGCUGAUGAAGAUACUGUAUCAUGAGCUGUAGCAUUUAGUUUUUACUUCUUUAUUGAUAAUCUAAAAAUGGAUUAUUUUUCAGAAAUGAAAGAUUCCCACCAUUGACUGUGAGACAUGAAACCCUCCCUAACUUAAAUAUCUCUAAUAUUUUUUAAAGUCAAAAUUCACAUUAUCUAUUUUAAUUAGGUGACUACAUGCCCAGAACACAAAAGGACACUAGUUGGCACUCUUAAAUGUAUUUAGUAAGGAUCAUAAGGAAUCCUUAAAGAGUGUAAAUUUCCCCGAAGCAGGCAUACAGGCUCUAAUCAAGGACUCAGUGAAGGAAGGAUAUUUAAGAGCUGGCAUUCCUCUAUGUUUGUGAAGCUUCUUUGAGGCUAGGAAAUUGAUUUUACCAUCCCAGCUUCUCUGGCGGGGAUCUGUUGUUCAACCACAUUGACUGCUUUGGCAUAGGAUUCUACUUCUCCUUGAGUGGAAACACUUUUAAAGUAAUAGACAUUAUUAUGAACUAGUAGAUGUGAGAGUACUUAGCUGAAACAAAAAGAAGUUUUAAUAGACAGUAUUAUACUAUAUUUGAAAAUCAAUGAGAGUUUAUGCAAUUUUAAGUGUUUACAAACUGCAGUGCAAUCUGUUCAUGAAUGUCUAAGUAUUAUCAGGAAAAAUGUACAUAUAAUCAGUCUUAUUUGCUCACAGAGUUCUUUAAGAAAAUCGAAAUGUUUUUAUACCUCCCAGUUUAAGUUAGAAGUAUAUUUUGAGUAAUAUUUAUGUAAUGUGCCUAUACAUUAUGAAUGAAUUAUUUUAGUCAUAAAUUUUUUAAAUCAUAACUUUACAACAUGAGAAAGAAUCAGUAGUUUAGUUAAAACCUCACAAAGUUCAAAUGUCUGUGUUCCCAGAUAUUUCACAUUUUUGGAGUAUAGAGAGAUGUAUGUGUGCUCCCUGAGAUGGGGAGCACAUGUUUGGCAAUUGCCAUCAUCACCAUAUUUUAUAAAUACGACAUUAAUGGGAAAGCAAUAAUAAUAUCAUUUUAUAGGUAGAAUAAUAUAUUUGCCUGCAGUCACUAAAAAGAGACAGUGCAAAGACUGAGUCCUUGUGAAUUCAACUGACUUUUCCAAAUUAUAUGGAUUACCUGGUCUUGCCUUUUACCUUCUGAACUUUCUAGUUUUGUACUCUUGAGUUAAGUUUCAGGACAGUUACUUUAAAUACUGACAAUAAAAAUCAGACCACUGUUAAUUAACCACAUUAGUUGCUCUUACAGUUUUUCCUUGUAAUUUUGAAUGGGGCUUAUCUGAUAUACUGAUAAGUUAUUUCAAAGGUAUUUCUGUAUCUCAAAUCACUUCACUUUUACACUGAUAAAUAUAGAUUAUUGGGAAUGACAUUCAGGUGCAGCUUAACAUCUAUAAUCAGUCUUAAAAUAAUGUGUUCAUUGGGUACGUAUGGAUUAAAUCACAUAGUGUUGAUGAAUGUCAGUCUGGAAAAACACUUAACUGUACUAACUGAAAUAUCUUUUGUGUAGUUACUUUGUCAUAUAUUUUUGAGAGAAAGCUAAAAAGAAAGGAAAUUAUAUGACAUAUAUAGUAAUAUAUGAGACUUAUUUAAAAGUGCAUGCAAUCCUUUGCAAUACCUCAUUCAGUCGUGUAUUUGUUCUCUUCCUCAUUCACUAUAAGGCAGCUUUCAAUUUGCUUAGAAGGAAAGAGGUUAUUAGAAACAGAGUUUUUAAAUGGGAGUACAACUGAAUAGGAGGAAAAGAAUAAAAAUACCUGUUUAUAUGUUUUAGUAUGUGAUAAUUACUUUUAAAGUAUGUAAUUAAACUUGACCAGUUUUCCAGCCAUGAAAAAUCAGUUCUAAAACCAAAGCUGAUUUUGAAAAAAUUUAAAAAUUAAAAUCAACUCUAUUCAUUAUAUAGUUUCUCCAAAACUUUGAGUCCUUUUGAAAUAAUCCAACUAUUUUAAAAAGUCUAAUUGCUAUUUUUAAUGUUUCAAAAUGCACUAUGAAUACUGUAGUUUAAAAGAAAGAAUGUGGGAAAGGAAAAGUAGAGAAAGAAAUGCCAGUUCCAGUCCAAAGCUUUAUUUGCCAAGUUUUCUUAGAAUGAAUUUACCAAGUUAUGAAUUCUUGUAAAUAAAAUCUAUAAUGGAAAUAUUGAGAGACUUUUGCCUAAAGUGGCAUUAUUUGAUGCUACUGUGAUGCUACUGUAAUGUAAUAAAUUAUUAAAUUGUUGCAAAGUGCUGUUUUUGCCUUAAAUUUUUAUUUUGUGUGUCUUGAAAACUAUAGUAUUAAAGGUAUUGAGAUUGUGCAAAUGCUGGGCACGCUUGGCAUGAGAUAAUCUGUUAUUUUUACAAAAUUGUAAUAUAACUAUGCAAGUGUGUUUAUUAA